AUGGCUAAAGCUCGAAGACCUUUAAUAAUAUUUUGCGCAGUGACAAUUUGCAUUCUAAUAAUUAUCAUAGACACUGCGAUCAUACUCUACCUUACUAUUUUCAAGCCUAAACAACCCAAAAUCACCACUCAAAGCGUCACGUUAGACUCCUUGUCAACUAACUUGUUUGAUAUUGUGGAUACAAAUGUCAGUUUAGGGAUAACAGUCACCAUUGACAACCCCAAUUAUGGAGGGUUUAAGUAUGGGGACAGCAUGUCUUAUGUGACUUACCGUGGAGAUGUGGUGGCUGAGGCACCCGUUACAAAAGACACAAUCCCUGCUCGAGGGCAACAUAAUGUUAGCACGGUGGUUUUGGUGGUUGGGAAGAGCUUGGUUACGAAUCCAAACUUUGGGUUAGAUUUGUUAAAUAAUACUCUGAUUUUUACGUCAAAUACAACAGUAACAGGGAAAGCAAUUGUUUUAAAGAUGUUCAAAAAGAAGGCUACUACUUAUAGUAUCUGUGAUAUUACUCUUCAUAUUAUCGGACAAAACACAACUUGUAUAAAUGAGUAUGAGUUAACUGGUUUUCGUAUAAAGGUAUUUAGUGUCAACUGUCCUCUUUAUGUAAUUGUGAUAUACUUGAGUGUGGAGUACAUGUUUGUUAGAACUAGCCCGGUAUUCGUUAAUAUGGCAGGGUUCAAGGGGGUUGCACCUCCAUCGGGGUCAAGGGGCAGGGCCCCCUAG